GCGGGUGAUGCCCGAGCGCCGCGGUGCAGCGCCGGGCAGCGAGCGAGGGCUCUCGGCGGCCAUCCGCGCCGCCCGCCCCCGCCUCCUCUUCCACGUCUCGGCGGCAGGUCUGAGCACUUUGGAUGUCCCAACAAACAGCCCUCAUCUUCCCCCUGGUCUCUCUGCUUGGAACUUGACCUGGGUCAUGAGAGAUACAUCUCCUUUCUUCUCCCAUAGAGGACGACACAUAUUUGACUGCAAUUUUGAAUCUCCUUGUGAGCUGGAAUAUUCCCUUUCCUCAAAAGAUCAGGAAGCCCCCAGCAAAGCCUGGCUCAGAGUGAGUGCAGAGGAUAUGUCACAGCUAAACAUCCCGGAUGUGCCGGAGAGAGAUCACUCUGAGAAUACACCAAAAGGUUCAUUCCUGUUCCUCAAUGAAUCCAAGAGUCCAAGCCCUGUCAUCCUGAGCCCUUGGCUGAGAAGCAGCAACAACCAGUGCAUAGUUCAAGUGGCUGUUUAUAAAUUUUUCCAGCAAAAUGGAGAAUAUAUUGCUCGGGUCCUUCCCAUUGAUGAAAGCAGCAGUGAAAUCUUGUCAGCGCAGAAUCUAGAGAAACAUGGAUGGGUACUGCUUCAAAGGAGAGUUGGACAUCUAGAGAAACCUUUCCGGAUCUCACUGGAGUAUGUUGCUCAUGGGAACAAGAGCAUAGCGGCUGUGGAUUCCUUUGCCAUAAAGAACUGCAGUACUGGAUCUGCUUCUGUCUCAAAAAUGGCUUUGGAGGGUUCUUUCAUCUGCUGGAAUGGUACAUCGAUCAGGCUGGGCCAGGCAUGUGACUUCAUCAGAGACUGCCUUGAGGGAGAAGAUGAGGGAGAUAUGUGCAAAAAACUUCCCCCUGGCUUUUACUGUUCAUUUGAAGAAGGGGACUGUGGCUGGAUGCACAGCUCAUCAGCGUCCCACGCGUCUCCAUGGCGAAUUGGAAGUCCAGACUACAAUCGUUUUCCUUCAGUAGAAGGUUGUGGGCUGAUCUUUGACACCAGCAAAGCACCAGCAGCAGCAAGCACUGCAGUGACCAGCACUGCAUUUCCAGCUCCUUUGAGGAACUCCCCCUGUGAGCUACGAAUGUCAUGGCUCAUCCAUGGUGUCUUGCUGGGAAAUAUAUCCUUGGUGCUGGCUGAGAACAAGACAGGGAAGGAGCAGAGCAGGACAUUAUGGCAUUCAGCUAACAGCAAAGGUUUGGGAAUAUGGCAGUGGUUGAUCUUACCUCUCCCAGAUAUACUGGAUAGGUUUUGGUUUCAGAUCAUCGCUUCAUGGGAAGAAGGAUCUGAUGCCAUUAUUGCUUUUGACAAUGUCUCCCUUAGUCUGGACUGUUAUUUAACAAUCAGUGGAGAGAAGAUACCUCGAAGUACUACCCCAGACUCAAGCAAUUUGCUUACCAGUAGAGGUGGCAAGAAUAAGUCUGGAUGGGAACAAAAGCUUCUGGGAAACCUCCAGCUCAGCACUGCCCCCAUUUCUGGUCCAGCAGAUCACUGGCUAUUCACAACAUGUGGUGCCAGUGGACCCUAUGGCCCCACACAGAGCCAAUGUAAUAAUGCCUACAGGAACUCCAACCUCAGUGUGGUCGUAGGAGCUGAAGGGAUUCUCCAAGGCAUUCAGAUCUGGAGAGUACCAGCAACCAACACAUACAGCAUCUCAGGCUAUGGAGCAGCUGGUGGGAAAGGAGGGAAGAACACUAUGGUGAGGUCCCACGGCGUGUCUGUACUGGGAAUUUUUGACCUCCAGAAGGAUGAUACUUUGUAUAUCUUGGUGGGACAGCAAGGAGAAGAUGCUUGUCCUAGUACUAAUGACAUUAUUCAGAAAGUGUGUAUUGGAGAAAACAAUGUGAUCGAAGAAGAGAUACGUGUAAACAGAAGUGUCAAUGAAUGGGCAGGAGGAGGUGGAGGUGGGGGCGGAGCAACUUAUAUAUUUAAGAUGGAGAAUGGAGAACCAGUCCCCUUGAUAAUUGCAGCAGGCGGUGGUGGCAGGGCCUACAGGGCCAAAACAGACACAUUUCAUCCAGAAAGGCUGGAGAAUGAUUCCUCUGUUCCAGGGCUGAAUGGAAAUUCAGGAGCUGCAGGUGGUGGAGGUGGCUGGAAUGAUAACACUUCCUUCCUGUGGUCAGGAAAAUCCUUGCUAGAAGGUGGAAAUGCUGCAGAGGACAAUGACCCAGAGAUGGAUGGGGAGGAUGGUGUGUCCUUUAUUAAUCCAAUUGGUACUUUAUACACUCCAGCACUUAAAGUGACAGAGGGGCAUGGAGAGGUUGAUAUUAGGCUGCACCUUAACUGCAGUCACUGUGAGAUGGACGAGUGCCGUGUUGAUCCUGAGACUCAAAAAGUCAUUUGCUUUUGUGAGCCGGGCACAGAAUUGGCUGAGGACGGUGUGUCUUGUGUAGCUGAACCAGUGGUUCAUCUCCCUCUCUCCUUGGUCUUGUCUGUAGUGACUUCAGCAUUGGUUGCUGCCUUAAUUUUGGCUUUUUCAGGAAUCAUGAUAGUGUAUCGUCGGAAGCACCAGGAACUACAAGCCAUGCAGAUGGAGUUACAGAGCCCAGAAUAUAAACUAAGCAAACUGCGUACCUCCACUAUUAUGACAGACUAUAAUCCCAACUACUGCUUUGCAGGAAAGACCACAUCCAUUAGCGACCUCAAAGAGGUGCCUCGCAAAAACAUCUCCCUCAUCCGGGGUUUGGGCCACGGAGCCUUUGGUGAGGUAUAUGAAGGUCAGGUGGCAGGGAUCCCCAGCGACCCCACUCCCUUGCAGGUGGCUGUGAAAACAUUGCCAGAAGUGUGUUCGGAGCAAGAUGAGCUGGACUUCCUCAUGGAAGCUCUCAUUAUUAGCAAGUUCAAUCAUCAGAAUAUUGUGCGCUGUAUUGGAGUGAGCUUGCAGGCACUGCCCCGUUUCAUCCUGCUAGAGCUUAUGGCUGGAGGUGACCUGAAAUCGUUCCUGAGAGAGACACGGCCUAGACCGAAUCAGCCUUCCUCCCUCUCCAUGCUGGACUUGCUCCAUGUGGCUCAUGACAUUGCUUGUGGGUGUCAGUACCUGGAGGAGAACCACUUCAUUCACAGGGAUAUUGCUGCCAGGAACUGCCUCCUUACCUGUCGAGGGCCUGGAAGAGUGGCUAAAAUCGGAGACUUUGGCAUGGCCCGGGAUAUAUACAGAGCCAGCUACUAUCGAAAGGGUGGGUGUGCAAUGUUGCCUGUCAAAUGGAUGCCUCCCGAGGCCUUCAUGGAAGGGAUAUUUACAUCAAAAACAGACACAUGGUCCUUUGGUGUACUGCUCUGGGAGAUAUUCUCUUUGGGAUACAUGCCCUACCCUAGCAAAAGUAACCAAGAGGUUCUGGAAUUUGUAACCAACGGAGGAAGGAUGGAUCCACCUAAAAACUGCCCUGGCCCUGUGUAUCGCAUUAUGACCCAGUGCUGGCAGCACCAGCCUGAAGACAGGCCAAACUUUGCCAUAAUACUGGAGAGGAUCGAGUACUGCACUCAGGAUCCAGAUGUCAUCAACACUGCUUUGCCAGUAGAAUAUGGCCCAUCAGUUGAAGAGGAAGAGAAGGUAGCGAUACACCCAGAAGACCCAGAAGGAAUUCCUCCUCUCUUGGUUUCUGCACACCAAGACAGAAAAGAUGACAAGCAAACUCUGCCAUCUCCACCACCCCUGCCAUCAGCCAUCACUGCUGGAAAAGCUCUAGGGAAAGUGGGAGCCUUGGAACCGCCAGUCCCUGGGAAGGUGCAGUCAGCUUCAGCUGGGGGACAUAUCAACAUGGCCUACACCCAGUCCAACCCCCCUUCUGAGCUACACAAAGGCCGGGGCUCCAGAAACAAGCCCACCAACCUCUGGAAUCCAACCUAUGGUUCCUGGUUUGCGGAGAAGCAGGCCAGCAGAAACAAUCCUCUGCUCGAGAAAGAGACGCCUGAGAGGGAGAAUUUGGGACAUGAAGGAAACUGUACUGUGGGGCCCAACAUUGUGACUGGCAGGCUACCAGGCUCCUCCCUGCUAUUAGAGCCAUCUUCCCUAACAGCAAGUGUUAAAGAAGUGCCUCUCUUUAGGCUCCGUCACUUCCCCUGUGGGAAUGUCAACUAUGGAUACCAACAGCAGGGCUUACCUUUGGAAGCAUCCACGCCACCUUGUGCUAGCAGUUACGAGGACCCCACCCUUAGAAACAAGAGCCACAUAACCCAGCAUGGGCCUUGAGAGCCCUCUACCCUCUUGACUUUUCCACCUGUGGCCCCAAGCCUUGAGGAGAUGUCCUGUUACCCAGUACACCACAAGCAAGGGAUGUGACAGCAUUACCUUCUAUUUGUGCCAACUUGCUCCAAAAGUGCCACCUUCAAAGUUGUAAUUUCAAAUAACCCGAGAGGCUUCAAAUCACCAGAGCCCCAGUACAGUAAAAGAAACAAGGGGGAGGGUGGGAAGAUAAAGGAAACAAAUGUUAACUGUGAGGCCCAGCUUCCCAUCACAUUAACUCAUACGCAUGGUUGUUGUCAUGCCCUUCCUGUGAGCUUUUCUUAGUUGUGCAUUCUCUGCUUAAGUGUAAAGCCACAGUUCACUGCCUUGAGUGUUUCAUGUCUGGGAUUUUCUGUGCCAAACUUGUUGUUGCUAAGGAAUGCUUGGAGAGCACCUGCAGCUGGCAGAGGUUUUACUGGGUUCGGGUAGAGCAUUCUUCAUCCAAAGUGAAAAAGGAGACAACUUUGGUGACACAAUGGCACAUUCCCAAGUUGUGCUCCAGCUACAGCCUAGUCUUUGAAAGUCCUUGAAUGUAUAGUAGUUAUGGUGCUAUUGGCAGGGCAAUAGAAUGACUGGUCAUACUGAAUUGCUUGAAAGAAACGACAGGAAGCAGAGAGGACGGGUGAGAUGCUGUGAGGCACUGUGGUUUGGUGGGGGCGGUUGUUGGUUUUCUCUGUGUUGUUUUGUUUUUCUCCUGUGCUUAAGCGCUAAAACUGAGUAAAACCCUGUGAAAUUCCUUCUGGCCUACAGAAGUAGGAAUGUCCUUCAUCACAACUUGCGCAUGUCACGUGGAACCGAAGUGAAGCUUUAAAGGACCGUGAUUGUGAGAGAAACUUCAGCUGUGCCCUGAAAAUGGACAGCCAUCUGCAUAUCUCAGGGGUUUAAAGUAGCCUUUCACAGACCAUGUACAAGCAAGAACACCACAAAGGCCGAUGACAUUGUGCCGCAAUCCAGAUGCCAGAUACUGUCUGUAUUUGAAGGGUUUAGAGCCCUUUAACAAAAAACGUGUAUGAUCAUGAUUUAAAAACAAACACUGUAUUGAUUCAUUUGUACACCUUGUGCAUGAAAAAUAUUCCAGUAACUGUAUUGUCAAAACACAGAUGUAGGAAAUGAUUCAUGUGUAAAGAUGUGCAUUAGUAACUUUAACUUACAGGUGCAAGGAGCUGUUUUAGCAUUAAUGAAAAUUAUCUGAAAAGAAGCUGUCUAUUUCUAUAGAAAUGAGUCUUCUGAAGCAUCAUCAAAGGAAUAUGAAGGUGUUCUUCAGGCCAAGACUCUUCAUUUCAGUGAAGUAAUUCCGAAUCUGGCCCUGGCUCCAAAUAUUGAGGUAAGCUUUCUGUCUGCUUAAGCGAACCAACCAGUAUCUGCAUUUACAUACCGUUAACCUUUGAGAUAUGCAGCUGGCAAUCAGAGGGCUUGGUUUGGGACACCACCCUUGUAAAAAAAGUAAUUGAGGGUAAGGGAGGAGCACAGAGAAAAGUAGUGUGCGCUCCCAACCUGCUUUUCUUACAUCUCUAGUAUGCAGAACGAUUAUUUUUUUCUUUGCAGUAAUGCCAAAUUGUGUGUGGUAGUCAGUUAAUGGAGAUGUGCUCUUGUGUUGACAAGCUUGAGUGAGGAGCUGCCAGUGAUCCAUUGCACCGCUGUUGCAUGAGCUUGGUGGUGAUAACUAGGGUUACCCUUUGGGUGUUCUGCUGCUGUAUGUGGGCUGCUUUAGCUUGAACUAAGAAAAUAUUUGUGAUCGGUGAGGUUGCUACGUUUGUAGUUCUAUUCAUGCCACUAGCCAUUGGAGAAGGAUUCUGUCUAGCUUAGGACUGUGUUACUGUCACACUGGCCACUUUUUUCUACCUCAAUAAAGUCAAGGAGGUAGGUUUGUGGAGUCUCAGGAAAGCUGAUUAAUUCAGCAGGUAAGCACUAUCAGAGAAUUUUCUUGCACCACAACAUUAUUCACAUAUAAUAGCAAUUUUCGUUUAAAUAUUCUUGCUUUCGCAUUUUCAAAUGGGUUGCAGCUCCUCAUUGUUUUCUUUAGCUCAUCUUUGCAUAGGAGCACACUGAGUUUUUGCUGUCCUGCCUCUUACGCGUGACUGAGGACAGAAUCUAAACUGUGUACUGACAGGUAGUCUUAAAGAAUACACACAAACAAAAACAUUGAAAGUUAAUGAUCUUUGAGCUGAAAUUACUCUUAUAGCUGAGGCAGCAGCUCUGCUGCUGCACAAAUGCAGAUAACCUACCAGAUUAUGAUGUAGCAUUUCUAAAGAAGCUUAAAAGAACAAGGAACAAAGUGUGAUGCAUGUUUAAGGAGUGAAGAGGAAAAACCAAGGCUUUCUUCAGCCAUGGUGAUAGCAUGUGUACUACGCUGCUGUUUGUGCUGUGCAGUUACAUUAUCAUAAAAGUUUGAACAAAAUAGUCUCAUAGAGUGAACAUUGUAAACGAUGAAGGAGCACAUUACUGCUUCUUACCUAUGCAAUAUGUCAGGAAGAUAACUGGUCAGGCAAAAUGGUGAGUUACUACUGAAAUUCUCCAGCCUGCUGGGAAUGGUUCUUGCACUAGCAGUUGGCUUUAAGCUUCCUUCCAGUGUCUCCAAAGUAAAAUGCUUUUUUGUUUGUUUGUUUUUGUUUAUUGGCUUUGCUUGUUUGUUUUGUUUUUUUUUUGUUGUUGUUGUUGUUUUUUGUUGUUUUUACCCCACACACACUUAUUAACACUUGAAAUGCAGAGGAAUUUAGAAAUCAGUUUCUACUUCUUCUUAAUGUAAAAGAACGUAACAUCUCUGAGCUCAUCCACAGAAAGCAUUUAGUUUUGUAUACCAGUUUGCUGUCUAAGCUCCACGCCCCAGUUUGCACAAACUGCUCCAUAAGUACUGAUGCUGAUCAAAUCGCGAUACUCAGAAACAAAGUUUGGAGAGUUUGCAUGUCCUGUUUCUUACAAUCAAUGACAAAUUAUUUCUGUGAAUUAAUUGCCUGGAUGCAGGCUGCAUCAAUGACAGUUUCCUGGUCACUCUAUGAUUGCAUUAACUUCAAGCAAAUGAAUGUACGUCCUGUUGCUGAAAUCAUUCCAGGAUUUCAGUAUUAAAACACCACUUUAUUUAUAUCAACCACUAGGAUGUUGUAAAGAAAGCUUUCCUUAAUAAUAAACCCAGUUUCCUCUAUUGCUAUGGUAACAACUCUCACUUCACUAUUCAUUGCUGUCCCACGCAAAAUUAUCCGAAGGGCUGCAACAGGAAUUAUCUAACUAUCUAUGAAGUCCUGCUUCAUACAGCAGUACACAUGUGGUAGCUGCAGUUAUCCUGCAGUUAUGCCCUGAGUUGAAGAAUUACCAGCAGGAGUUCAUCCAGAGAGGCAGGAAAAAAUAUGAUUGUCUUUCCCAGAGACAAUACAAGCCAGGCAGAAGUUGGGGAAAAGCUAGCAAAUGAUGUUUUAGAGGUAAUGGACUCUGUCUGCCUGUAAGGAGCUGAGUAAUUUAUUUGUCAUAGUUGUUAGUGAUGAGACAGUAUCUUAACUUCUGUACAAGAUAUCUAACAGAAUUUAUUAUAGCAUUUCUGUUAUAACUGGAAGCAGUCAGUGUCCAUGUCUGUAUUCCACUUUCUACCAGUUUAGCUCUAGCCUGUUUCUUUUAGAUGUAAACCACCAGCAAAAGCAUUUCAUCCAGUCAAUUAUUUGAACUACAAACAUUGAAUCAGUUUUGAAAGCGCCAGUGAGCAGAAUGGGCUUAAGUUACAGACCAAAGAGCACCCCAGCAUGUGUAAAUUCCCAUCUUAAACCCUUCCACACUAGGCUUACAGUAUUGUAGGAGAAACAGUUGAAGUCAUUUAAAAUCUCUUACAACAUUUUGUCUGUUGUUUUUUUGUUAGUACAAUUUAUUGAGACAACAUAAAUCGUAAAAUGUAGAAGCAAGUUCUGUACUUGCUUUUAAACUGAAAAAGUUAAACUUUUUCAUUGUCAAUAUUUAAAUUCCAGUCUUAUGUAUCUUCCUCAUGCUACAGUGGAAAAGCGGGAAGCAGUAUGAUCUACAGGAUAUAAAGAAUGAAUAUAAAAAUUCCGUGCUACCACUCUCAUACUCUGAAAAUGACUUGUUUCCUUGUGGAUGUUAUCUGUUUCCUGUAGAUGUUAGGUAGAUUUUCUGAUUCUGUGCUGAUUUGUAAGCUGCUGAAGGUAAAGUAGGUUAGGAUGCCUGUUUAUCUACUUUUCCAGUUGUGCUUUCAUCUUUGUUUUUACUACUGAACCUUGCUUCUAUAUCACAUGCUUGGAAAUGAAGCAAAGGCGAGAAGUCUGGGUUGUUCUGCUUCCUCAAGGAACAGUGGAAGGAGUGGUGGCAAGAGAGGGGCUUUGCUGUAGCAGGGGAGGGAGGUCAGGUACCACAGACUAAAAGCUCAAAAUCUGCGUUAAUUUGGCUGAGUCACAUCUUUCAGUGGUGUAGUAUCACUGGUCCACUUGCUUCACUUCACUCCCUGUGUGUUUACAAAAGGACAAAGGCUCAGUGUGAGAGUAACUGCAGCACCACUGGGCACAAAUAUUUAGACAGUGCAUGAGGUAAGAGGUCUGAAAUAGAAUAUGAAGGAUUAAAUUUUGCACGUUUGCUCCUCUUACUGAGCCUGUCUUUUUGGGGACAAGAACUUUGACAUAGGAAUAGCAUAAAACAGCCUUUCACAGCUGCAAAGACAUCACAAAGCAUCUGUCCCAAAGUUAAAUCCAUCACAGGAAACUGCCUGAAUUGUCUGCACCUGGCUUCUUCUAGUAACAAAGCUUCAUUAUAGGAAUGUCUCUCUCAUGUACAGUAGUUUAUGCAACACUGUUUAUAAAGGAAGGGCCUAUGCACUUCAGGGAUACUAUGAAGAAAAAUACUACUCUAUGGUCAUUGAGUAUUUUGUAUUGAAUAGUGUAUUUGUAUUGUAAACAAGUGUAGUGAACCAAAAAGGCAUGAAGACAAAUAAAAUGACUGUAAAUGGCUUCUUCUGUGUUGGGUUGUAUAAUGACUGUAUCAACAUCAGGUCAGUUAUAGAAGUAACCAGGUACACCUGUGCAAAAGGAGCAGGUGUGGUGCCAAACAGAGACUGCCAUCUUUCUGGCUAACAGCAGCAUGUUUAAGACUUGGUUGCAUUGUAAAUCUAGUACCCACCAAACUUCUUACAGAGGAGAAAGGUGCUGUUCCAUCUAUUACAAGCACCAAAGGUUGGCUUUCACCCAAAGGAAGAUGGCUAGUAGAAAUAGAGAACAACAUGCACAGUUCAAGAAAGCAGGUGGGUGUUUCCAUCCCUAUAUGUAUAUAGCCUAAGACAGCAUUUUUCUUUGUUUGGAAAUAGACUUUUCAUAGGUCUGAUUAUAAACUGUACUUAAUACAGGGAAGUACCACAGGUAAGUCCUAUGACAGGCAUAGGAAAAGCGAGUUCCUGCCCUGAAAUGCUCCUUUGUUUCCCCUCCCUGUUCCACUCCCACACCUUAGGUAGCUACUUUCUUAAGAAACAUUCCUUAAAAUUAGAACGAACAUUUAUAGAGUUAUUUAUUCUCCUUCACUUGUUUAUCCACGUGCUUAUUAUUCCCUAGCAGGAUAUUACCUUGGUUUAGUUAACAAAACUCCUGAGCAGGUUUUAGGCACACACGUCUCUUCUCCAUUUCCCCACACACACUUCGGGUUCCUUCCUCUCUUAACUGAAAAGGGACCUCUCCUGUGCACUGCGAAGCACACUACAAUAUCCUGUUUACAAAAUUUGUACAUAAGAACAGAAGUGAGAGAAAAGAUGUACAUUCUAUAAGGACCUAAUGAAAUUUCUCUUUACCAUACUAUACUACCCACCAGGGUUUCAUUUUAAUAAUACCAGCAAGAAACAGAUAUUGGACAAAAUAAUGUUCAGUAGAUCACUGCGUUCAGUACAUCUUCAAAUACAAAGCAUUAAUUUUUUACAUUAAAAAUUUACAGCUUUUAUAUUCAAUUUAAAUGUCCAUAAGCUAGAAUACAAUAUGCAGUAUUUUAAAUACAGCCAAGGAAAAAUAGCUACAUUAAUUGUUAAAAUAACAUAAUAGCAGCAGAAUUCUGUCUAAAAAUAGUAUAUUAAGAUGUAAUUAUAGUGUCACUUCUUUCAAGGAGAUAAAAGCAGGCAGAUCAUUUAAGAAUAAAAUGACCGUUCUGGAAUACAAAACCACCCCAAUAAUAUCCAAUAAGAUAGUGAGCAAUUAAAAUACAUUACAUGUUUAAAACAUGGGCAAAAUACUAUCUAUUUUUUAAAAAAGCUGAUAUGCAAAUGUCACCUCACAUUGUGUUACAGUGCUAUACCUAAAAUUAGCCUUAAUUUAGCAUAAGACUCUUACAAUAAACUUAUACUGGAAACUGUUCCAAACAAAACAAAAACAAACAUCAGUAACAAACAAAUAGCUAGUUAAUAGCUUGCUUGAAAACCCUGCGUAUAACCCACACCACUGGCAGGAAUUACUAUGCUGUAUUUAUACAGACUUAAUAUUUAUGCUGCAUCUAUUAUGUAUAGUUCCACUCUGGGUUCAUUUGCACUUAAAAAUUGUGAUACUCAUAGCCUGCAGCACACCAACCAAACAACAAAAAAAUA